AUGGCAAUUCUUGAUCGGCUUCCCACUCGGGAAAGACUUAUUCGAAUGGGGAUAACCACUGAAGGUUCUUGUACCUUAUACAAUGAGGGACUUGAAACAAGAAAUCAUUUAUUUGUUGAUUGUGCUAUAGUUGAUUCUCUUUGGAAUAGAAUUAUGCAUCUUUCUCUCUUAACCAAGCCUCAUAUGACUUGGGAUAUCAAGCUUGCUUGGGCUAUUUCUUGUUGGAAAGAACUAAGAGCAGAAAAUGUAGCUUUCAUCAGCUUGCUUACACUGCGAUCAGCUCAAUAUGUUUUGCUUCAAUGGGAAAAUGGUGAUCAGAGCUCCGGGGUCUUAUCUUCUACCAUUGAUAAUGGAAAGAUCGAGUUUGAUGAAUCUUUCAAACUUGCAUUAACUUUAGAAGCAACCCGUAAGAGUACGAAUCGUGAGAGUUUCAUUAAGAACUGUUUAGAGUUUCACUUGUACGAGCCUAGGAAAGAUAAGGUGUCGAAAGGUCAACUUUUGGGAUCUGCAAUCGAAAGCCUUGCUGAUUAUGGUAUUAUCAAGGAAACAACGUCCAUUAACAUUCCUUUUAACUUGAAGAGGAGUUCUAGGAACAUUGACCAGCCGGUUCUUUAUCUUAACAUCCAGCCAUUCGAUAAAGAUAGCCCGAGUUCAUCGACCAAAUGCGGCUUGUCUAAAGAAGUGUCACUAGACAAGGAUGGCAGUGAAUCUGUUUCUGAAUCCAUAAAUGAAGGACAUGACAAGGAAACCGAGAUUGCUUAUUUUACGGAUGAAGAUGAUGAUGAUCUUUCCUCACGGUCAUCCCAGACUAUUUCAUCUGUUUUUGAUCAUUCUAGAGAGUCACAUAUUCAACAUGAUGUGAAUGGAUCAGAAUCAGCCACAGGUGGGAUUGAAAGCCUUGGGUUCAUUCUUCCCUUUGGUGGAACAAGCGCAAACUCAGGGAUGAGUCCAACCGUUGAUGCAUUCAAACAUGUAAAUAGGAAGACUAAUACUUCAUCUUCAAUAGACUUGCCCUCUGACCCCAAGAAUCCUGUAACUAGUCCCAUGGCUAAAGUUGCAUCCUUGGAGACGAGUCUUACCAUUCCAAUAUAUACGAACUUAGACCAUGUAAAAGAUACAGAUUUGUCCUCCAACCCCGAGAAUCCUGUAACUUAUCCUGCUGAAGUUGCAUCUUUAGAAACAAGUGUUACCAUUUCAGUAGAUAAGAGCUUAGACCACGUAAAAGAUAAAGAUUUGUCUUCCAACCCCAAGAAUCCUCUAACUUAUCCGGCUAAAGUUGCAUCUUCAGAGACAAGUGUUACUAUUCCAGUUGAUAUGAACUUAGACAAUGUAAAAGAAACAGAUCUGGCCUCCAACCUCAAGAAUCAUGUAACUUAUCCAGCUGAAUUUGCACCUUCAGAGACGGGUGUUUCCAUUCCAGUUGAUACAAGCUUAUACCAUGUAAAAGAUAAAUAUUUGUCCUUGAACCCUUCAUUAGCUUAUCCUAUGGCUAAAGUCACAUCCUCAGAGGCGAGUUUUACCAUUCCAGUAGAUAUGAACUUAGACCAUGUAAAAGUUAAAGACUCCCAUACCAAAAGAGAUGGCGAUAGAAAAGCAUGGAGGCAUGAUCAAAGUCAUGUAGACCGAUCUUUAAGUAGCAUGUCAUAUGUUGGUCCUUGGAAGGGAAACAAGGAGAAAACACUGUGGGGAGACGAGCUGGAUAGUCAGAUUUUGAAUGCUGAUGAAUAUUCUCUGCAAAACAGAUUAGGUUUUAUACCAUCACAAGAUUCUACCGGAAAGAAAAUUACUUCGAGAAGUAAUACUUUUGCAUCCUUCUUGGAAACAACUGAAGUCAAAGGUGGUUUCAUUGCAAAUGAUAGACAAAAGCAUGCGGCACCUCUUCAGUCGCAUUUUGACAAAGCUAAGCGUAAUGGAGUGACAACGAAAAUUCAGUAA